AUGUCUGCUGCUGUCAUUCAUGAAGGCGAGGUGGUGUGGAAAGAAAGCAUUGGCUACAGCAACCGUGACAAGGGAACAGCAGUCACUCCAGAUACUGUAUUCCCUCUUGGAGCUUUAAGCCAGAGCUUUACAGCAGCUGUCGUAGCUCAGAUGAGGCAUAGAAACAUCUUACACUACAAUGACAAGGUUUCAGACCAUCUCGGAAGCCUCAUACAACCAUGGGAGAAAGACAACGCUGAAAGAAACACAACAAUUGGAGAUCUUCUCGGCCAUCGCACAGGGUAUCAAGCGGCUGAGUCUCUCUUGACUGCAUACGGGGGUCGUGUCUCUCUACGCCAAGACAAUAUAAUCCAUGCCUAUUACCAUCUCAGGUGCCAAGCAAAUCGAGGCUCUAAAUUUAUUCACAGCGCGAUUAACUACACUGUACUCGGAGAAGUUGUUGGUCAAUACUGCCCUGAAGGGUAUGGGAAAUACCUUGAAACGAAUAUCUUGCAGCCUUUGGGCAUGUCUCAUACCACCAAUGUAUACAUUGAAAGGCCUGAAGACGACAGAUCACAGCUGUAUUAUGUUGGGCGACAGGGCGAGCAGCUGCAAUCACACUUCGUUGAUAGCCUUGACAGUGUUUUAGCUCCUGAUUAUCCCAAGUUUUUCAGAGAUGCAGACAUUCCCCUUCACGACUUCGAGUCACUGGAUACCUAUUGCUGGCGGCAGUUGGAUGAGUGCAUUUUCACACUCUGUCCAAAAUUUGAUAACGCCGACAAUGCAACAACCCUUGCUGAAAAGAAACUCAUGAGGCUCCGUAUUCUGCAGGCAACAUCGGAACUGUUUGGCUGUCUUCAAAGGGCCACAAUGCCGGAUUCUGCUAGGGGGAUGUCAAGUACCGUUAACGAUCUGAUCAAAUACUGCAUAGGUCUCAAUAUGGCCGCUGAUAAAAGUCAGGAUCCUGCGCCCCGAACAUCGUGGCUGUAA